ACUUCGUCCCUUCGAGGUUGCAAGAGCUUCUGUCAACGUCAAGCAAGAGACACCCUCCAUCAUGCCUCACUCUUUCGGUAGCCGGGCGCGUACGCGUCACAUGUUCAGGAAGGGCUUCAAGGACCAUGGUCCUCCUUCUAUGACCACUUACCUGAAGACUUACCGUGUGGGUGAUAUUGUGGAUAUCAAAGCGAAUUCUUCUCAGCAGAAGGGUAUGCCUCAUAAAUACUACCACGGCAAGACCGGUGUCGUCUACAACGUUUCCCCCCGCGGUGUCGGUGUCAUUUGCUACAAAAUCGUCAACGGUCGUUACUUGGAGAAACGAGUAAACGUCAGAGUCGAACAUGUUCGUCACUCGAAAUGUCGACAGGAAUUCCUCGACCGUGUUAAGAGCAACGCGGCUAAAAAAGCGGAGGCGGCGGAGAAGGGUGAACGUGUGGUGUUGAAACGUCUUCCAGCGCAACCUCGUGAAGCUCGAACUGUCAGCAUCACGAACAACGCUCCCUUGACCCUCAGUGCCAGAGCUUACGAGACCACCAUCUGAGGCAGUACAUGAGAGGGACCUGUAUGAUGCGAGAUGGAUUGCAUACAACACGUCAUUGACCUUG